CUGUGGCUCAUUUUUUGUUCCUCUGGGGAGGAGGCACACACCGUUUCGUACCGGGAGUGGCCACCGCAGUACUUGUUCAGACCAUUGUGAGUGAAGUCUUUAUCAGCUGUGAAGUCCGAAGCAGUGGCUGCAGAGAUUCAGGAGAACAUUUGACAGCAGAUGAGAAGAAAAAAGAUCCUACACAACAUACAUACAUCCAGGAGGAACCGUCUGCCUUGCGUGCACAGCUUCCCGAUGAAGUGGCUGUGACCCAAAGUGGACACACAUGAGGGGUAAGUGCCAACCGCCCAACCGACCAAAACAAAACAUAGGAUAGAGGAGAAAACAACCCAGCGGUCUCUUAUUAUGCCUUCCGGUGGCAAUAAAAAGUCGCCCAGCGGAGGAGGAGGAGCAAGCAAGGGAAGACAGCAACCGUUCGAGUCCAAGAAGUCCAAAUCGGCGGCCGCCAAGGCAAACGGGAAUGACAAAGUUGCCGCCACCGUUGAAGCCGUUCCCGCCGACGAGGACAUCAACUCUGGGUUUGGCCAAUAUCUCCGAUCGCCACAGGCUAUCGAAAUGAUGAGACUGUUUGUAAUUGCCAACACCUUGGUGGUGAUUCUCACGAUGGCGUGGCCCCAAAUGAAGCAAUCUUACCAGAUUAUCCUGUCACUUUUUGCCGCUGAUGGAGAUGAGGAUGAUUUUUAA